CUUUUUGGUUUCGCGAGCUGGUCACUGCCGUGGUUUCCUUCGAGAGGGAAGCCGCUUCAAGGGUUUUGUUGGAUUGAUUUGAAUCGAGUUGUCUGGGAGAGGGGAGGAUGGAGGAGGUGAAGCAUCGGUCGAGGAGGGAGGAUGGGGAGAGGAAGGAGGAGUCAAAGAGGGAGAGGCACCGGGAGAGGGAGAAGGGGAGGGAUAGGGAUAGGGAUUCUGUCGAGCCAGAGAGCAGGCGAUCGGAGAGGGAGAGGAGUUCUGAUGAUAAGCACCGGGAGAAGCAUAGAGAUCGGAAGGACCGUGAAAGGGAUAGGAAUGGUGAUUUUGUCGAUCGGGAUGCUCGCAGGUCGGAGAAGGAAAAGGAUAGGGAUAGGGAUCGUGGCAGGGAUAGAGAUUCGCGGCACAAAGAGAAGGAGCGGGACAAGGCCAAGAAGGAUGUGGGCAAGGAGGAGAAGGAGAAGGAUAAAGAGAGGGAGGAGAAGGAAAAGGAGAGGACGAGAGAGAGGGAGAAAGAGAGGGAGGAAAGAGCUAGAGAAAGGGAAGAGAGGGAGAAGGAGAGGGAGGAAAGAGCUAGAGAAAGGGAAGAGAGGGAAAAGGAAAGGGCCAGAGAGAGGGAAGAGAGAGAGAGGGAGAAGGAGAGAGCUAGAAAGAGGGAGGAAAGGGAGGAGAGGGAGCGGGAGAGGACCAGGGAGAAGCGUCGAGAAAGGGAACGGGAUGAGGAUAGAGAGGAGGAUGGAAGGGACCAUGAGAGGAAGAGGCGGAGGAGGGAAGACUCCAGGGAGCGAGAUCGUGAACGGAGUAGUCGGUCAGAGAGGCACAAAGAGGAGGCAGAGGAUCACGAGGAGAAGAAAAAGAAGACCCGUGAGGAGGAUAUGGAGGAGGAGCAGCGCAAGCUGGAUGAGGAGAUGGAUAAGAGGCGGCGGAGAGUUCAGGAAUGGCAAGAGUUAAAGAGGAAGAAAGAGGAACAGGAGAGAGAGAAGAUGGGUGAGGGUAAUGCAGAUGAGGAACCCAAGUCUGGGAAGAACUGGACCUUGGAGGGUGAGUCUGAUGAUGAUGAGUCUGCACCUAUUAAGGUGGAUGAGAAAGAUACAGCAGCAGGUGAAGAUUCUGUGAAACCCAGUGUCGAGGAUGCUGAUGCGAUGAAUGUUGAUUCAGGAGAUGGGAAUGUUGUGCCUGAUGGAACAACUGAUGGUGCUAAUGAAGAGGAGGAAAUUGACCCAUUGGAUGCAUUUAUGAAUUCGAUGGUGUUGCCCGAAGUUGAGAAGCUGAACAACAGUUCUGAGAAUGCUGUGAAACCUGAGGAGAAGAUAACCGAGACUGAGAAGAAGGCUUCAAAGGAUGGUCUUAGUAAUGGAAAUCAAGCAAGGAAGGCGGCCAAGAGUUCUGUUGGCAGGAUACUUCCCAGUGAUGAUUCUGACUCUGAUUAUGGCGAUCUUGAGAAUGAUGAAGUAAAUCUUGAAGAUGAAGAUGAUGAUGAUUUCAUGAAACGAGUGAAGAAAACGAAGGUUGAGAAGUUGUCUAUUGUGGACCACUCGAAGAUAAAGUACCCAGAGUUCAGGAAAAAUUUCUACAUUGAAGUCAAGGAGAUAUCCAAGAUGACUUCUGAGGAGGUUGCAGCCUAUAGAAAACAACUUGAGUUGAAGGUUCAUGGGAAAGACGUGCCAAAGCCUAUUAAAACAUGGAACCAAACUGGAUUGACAAGCAAGAUUUUGGAUACAAUUAAGAAACUUAAUUUUGAGAAGCCUAUGCCUAUUCAAGCUCAGGCGUUUCCUAUAAUUAUGAGUGGCCGAGACUGCAUUGGAAUUGCGAAGACUGGUUCUGGUAAAACGCUAGCUUUUGUGCUGCCAAUGUUGAGGCAUAUCAAAGACCAGCCACCUCUGAAUUCUGGAGAUGGGCCAAUUGCGCUUAUAAUGGCUCCAACCAGGGAGCUUGUGCAACAAAUUCACAGUGAUAUCAAGAAAUUUGCAAAGGUUUUGAAUAUAGGGUGUGUGCCUGUGUAUGGAGGCUCUGGUGUUGCACAACAGAUAAGUGAACUGAAGCGAGGUACUGAAAUUGUUGUCUGCACUCCUGGAAGAAUGAUUGAUAUCCUUUGUACCAGUGGUGGAAAAAUAACAAACCUUCGCAGAGUGACCUACUUGGUUAUGGAUGAAGCUGAUCGAAUGUUUGAUAUGGGUUUUGAGCCUCAAAUUACAAGGAUAGUCCAGAAUACCCGACCGGACCGGCAGACUGUGCUCUUUUCGGCGACUUUUCCUCGGCAAGUUGAGAUCUUGGCGCGCAAGGUGUUGAACAAACCUGCUGAAGUUCAGGUUGGAGGAAGGAGUGUUGUUAACAAAGAUAUAACCCAGUUGGUUGAAGUCAGACCAGAAAAUGAAAGGUUUUUAAGACUCUUGGAACUUUUGGGAGAAUGGUACGAGAAGGGGAAAAUCCUUGUCUUUGUCCAUUCACAAGACAAAUGUGAUUCCUUGUUCAAGGAACUAAUCAGACAUGGCUAUCCUUGUCUAUCACUUCAUGGGGCGAAGGACCAGACAGAUCGGGAGAGUACCAUAUCUGAUUUUAAGAGCAACGUCUGCAACUUGUUGAUUGCCACAAGCAUUGCUGCUAGAGGUCUUGAUGUUAAGGAACUUGAGCUGGUGGUUAAUUUUGAUGUCCCAAACCAUUAUGAGGACUAUGUUCAUCGGGUUGGCCGAACAGGGAGAGCUGGAAAGAAGGGUUGUGCUAUCACAUUUAUUUCAGAGGAAGAUGCGAGAUAUGCUCCUGAUCUUGUGAAAGCUUUGGAACUUUCAGAACAAGCUGUUCCUGAAGAUCUUAAGGCGCUUGCUGAUGGGUUUAUGGCAAAGGUGAAUCAGGGUAUGGAGCAUGCUCAUGGAACUGGCUAUGGAGGAAGUGGUUUCAAGUUCAAUGAAGAGGAGGAUGAGGCAAGGAAGGCUGCGAAGAAAGCUCAAGCUAGAGAAUUUGGAUUCGAGGAGGAUAAAUCAGAUUCAGACUCUGAAGAUGAAGGGAUCCGGAAAGCUGGAGGAGAUCUUUCACAGGCUACUUCUAUUGCUCAAGUUGCUGCGUUAGCAGCUGCUAAAGCUGCUGCUUUGACAGCUCCUGCCACUACAUCUGUGUUGAUGCCUACUGGGAAUUUGCCUGCUGUGCCAAUCCCGGUUGUACCAGGCCAAUCUGUGGCUCCGUCUCUCCCUGUUGUGGGUGUGCCUAAUGAAGCUGCUGCUCGGGCCACUGCAUUAGCUGCUGCCAUUAAUCUACAACACAAUUUGGCAAGGAUCCAUGCUGAUGCCAUGCCAGAGCAUUAUGAAGCCGAACUGGAGAUUAAUGAUUUCCCCCAGAAUGCUCGUUGGAAAAUUACCCACAAAGAGACCUUGGGUCCAAUUUCAGAUUGGACGGGAGCUGCAAUCACCACGCGGGGGCAGUUUUUUCCUCCUGGUAAAAUUCCUGGUCCAGGAGAACGCAAGCUUUACCUAUUCAUUGAAGGCCCGACCGAGUCUUCUGUGAAGAAAGCUAAAGCUGAAGUAAAACGAGUGCUAGAGGAUUACACAGCUCAAGCAUUAUCUCUCCCUGGUGCCGCCCAACCAGGCAAGUAUUCUGUCAUUUAAGGCAUGCUCCUAUUGGUAUUAGUCUAUGAGAAUGAGAUGCUUCAUAUGACUUUAUUUUUAAUUGUGACAGAUAUAGUUUCAGUCUGUUGUUACUGACAUUUUUCAUGUGCAAAGGUGUAUUUUUUUGGCAUCUGUUAAUUAGUUAUGUUAGUUUCUUAUCUGGACACAAAAUGAAACCUCAAUAUGGAUCCUUAUUGUUUACACAUGUCUUACAAUAUGAUUUUUAUUUUCAUUUGUUCUUGGUCCUUUGCAUAUUGCUCUUGUUUCUACCUUUGGGGAUCCCUUAGAAGAAUUCUAUCAUUUGAUUGCACUGUCCUAUCUGUUCUCAGGAUUUAGGGGAUGCAAUAUUAUAUUUUAAUCUGUUCCACGUGUUUGAGUUGGCAUGCUAUGGUUGUAUUAUUAAAAUCAGAGAUUGGAUAAAAUUAUCUCGUGCGUUGCUUGUCAGUGAUAUGAAUCCUUCAUAAUAAUUUAUUAUCUCAGUGUGGCUGAGGAGUUAGUCUACCUGUUUUGGCCAUGAGAUUAAGCUGCCUUCUUGUUUAUUAAUCAUAAGUACUUAUUAGUUCUUUUUCAACCUUCUCUGCAUCUUCAAAGGAGAAACUGAUUUAUCCUUUUGCUAGCCAAUGUUUCUUCAUCUUUAUGGUAAGCCCCUUGUAUAAUUAGGCAGAGUCUUAGUGAACUUCAUUGAAUUUUUAACUGAUUAUAGAAAUGUGACAAUCCAAAAUUCAGUGCUAGUGAAGUUUCCAUCUGAUUGCCCCCAUGGAUCACUUGUUAAACUAUCUAGAGUUGUACGCUUUGCUGUAAGCUGUUGUUGUGUAUUGAUCUUUCCUCUGCCGAACUCCUUUUUGCUUUUCCUGGCUUAGUUUGAAUUUUGAUGACCUCUGUGUGAACUACUUUCUGUUGGUAUUCCUAAAUCUGCAGUCUCGGAGAGAACCUAGAUUAGAUGUGUAUUGUCUUGGUAUAUGUACUUCUUAAGCAUGCCUCCAACCAUUUGUCAAAUCCGAAUCAUGUAGAUCUUUUAUUUUUUGGCCUUCACAAACUGAACUGGCUUGUUAAGGGAUUCCUGUAAAACUCAACCUUUGUUUCAUUAUCAUGCACAUUGGUCACUAACUUAUUUUGUUGAGUUGCUGUGAUUGGCAAAGACAUUUUGAUUGUCUUCUUGAAUUUUGGAUGUCUUCUCCCGGUUUGAUUUUUUUCCUUUUCAUCCUUUUACGCGAGGGAAAUGGUCUAUACUUCUGCUUGGUUCUGCAACCGCACUGACCAACAUGGUGGCAAGCUGACUGGCAAGACAGACGGUGGGACCUAGAUUUUUUUCUUCAACCCACCAUAUGUGUGUGCCUGUUGUCUUUUGAUACCAUUUUAUCUGUGCUUGUUGUAGGUUUGGAUGGGAGCAUCCAGGGCUCUUUGGUAGCUUGGAUAUCAGUUCCAAUGUAACCAUUCCUGCCUACCGACAUUCUUUCAACUUUUCUUUAAGUAAAUAUGAUGUUUUCCGCCGAUUUUCCUAUUGAUUGAUACUGAUAGUCUUUCCCAGUUUUCUAUCUAUUGGUUGAGAUUGAUAAGUUAAGCUUGAAUCAUCGCAUGUUGUCUGCCUCCUCCUCGCCAUUCUGGAUGGGCUGGAAAAAGGCUACAAUGAGUACAAGGUCAGGUAUAAAGCCAUUCUGAUCUAGUUCAAGUUGCAAUCCUUUUUUAUCCUUCCUCUUUUUUAGUUGUCCAGAUGCAUGUUUGAUUUUGCUUAGUAUGUGUGGGUGUGUCAAAAGUGUACAUUUUUAUCAUAAUAAUUUCAAAACUUUGGUAUUGUUCAUUGCA